AUGACUGACUCUCCGCGUAUUCUCCGGCCAACGCCCCGACGACCCUUUGAACUUCCCUCGGCCGACUCCUCGACACCGUCCACUCCCUCCGGCGAACAGCAAGUCACCGAAGGCAUCGACCUACUCGAUCCCAAGAACAGCGACCUCGCAAAUAAGAGAUCUGGCUCUUUACUCAACCUGACCUCGUCAACGCUACUAGGCAUCUUCCAACCAACCGCAUUCGAGGACUCGCGCGAAGAGGACAGUCCCUGGGAUACUCAAGCACAUACACCGAUUGAGCCUCGCAGCGAUUUCCAGAGUGGUCGACGAUUUUCGAUAGAUGGACAGGUACCCUUGAGACGACACGUACCCCGUUCGGGGAGUGCGUACUAUGUCCCGCUUGUGCUGAAGACGUCGCUGCUGUUUGUUUGCGGUGUUACCUACGGCACCAUCAUAGCGCAUCUACACGAAAAUAAUUGGAUUACUCCCGUGAAACUGGAGUACGUCGAUCGGAACUCGUAUGUUUAUUUGUUUGCUUGGGGGAUUGCCGGUGUGGCAUUUGCGUUUGUUUUACCUUGGCUGGAUGAUUUGAGUGAUAAUGGCACGGCUGGUCAAAGCAAGCCUGUUGAGAAAAAGCAGAGUAAUAAGACUCUUGCGAUUCGCAGUAUUGGUGCUUUUGUUGGUAUUGCUUUUGCUAUGCGACGACUCCCAUGGGAAUCAACCACGCAGGAAUCUCUUACGCUCGCCCUCGUGAACCCUUUUUUGUGGUAUCUCAUCGACCGCACCCGCACCGGAUUCUGGCUCUCCACCGUCGUCGCAAUCGCCGGCAUGGGAAUCACCCUCGGCCUUCACCCAGAACUGAUUCCGUCCUCCUCCUCAACAGUCGGCCUGGGUCUCCGCAACUGGCGCCUCGAAUAUGACAUUGAAGGAGGCAUAUCGCAGGACGCCACUGCCGUGGCUGUCUGGCUUGCCAGCGUGUUUUAUAGCGCUUUCUACGACAAGACCGGUCUUCUCGACCUGGCCAAAGGUCUUGCCCAGCAGAAUGUCCGCAUACUUGCGUCCGGCGGCACGGCCAAGAUGAUCCGGGAAGCUGGCUUCCCUGUCGAGGACGUCUCCGCCAUCACUAACGCCCCCGAAAUGCUCGGUGGUCGCGUCAAGMCCCUCCMCCCCGCCGUUCACGGUGGCAUUCUCGCCCGCAACAUCGAAUCCGACGAGAAGGAUCUCGCAGAACAAAAAAUCAACAAGGUCGACUUUGUCGUCUGCAACCUAUACCCUUUCAAGGAUACUGUCGCCAAGCCCAAUGUGACCAUCGCCGAGGCCGUUGAGGAAGUUGAUAUCGGUGGUGUCACUCUUCUCCGUGCAGCUGCUAAGAACCACGCUCGAGUUACCAUUCUAUCCGACCCGAAUGACUACCCUGAAUUCCUCAAGGAACUUGAGGCCGGUGAGAUCUCGGAACAGACUCGUAAGAUCUAUGCUCUGAAGGCUUUUGAGCAUACCGCGGAUUACGACACUGCUAUCUCGGCUUAUUUCCGUAAGCAAUAUGCUGGUGAGGGUGUGCAGCACCUCUCUCUCCGUUACGGUACCAACCCACAUCAGAAGCCAGCUGCCGCCUACGUUACUGGAGGCAAGCUCCCAUUCAAGGUGCUCGGUGGUUCUCCCGGAUAUGUCAACCUUCUUGAUUCUCUCAACGCCUGGCCACUUGUCAAGGAAUUGAAGCAGUCUCUCGGUCUUCCUGCAGCCGCCAGCUUCAAGCACGUUUCUCCCGCUGGUGCUGCCAUUGGUGUUCCUCUUGACGAGAAGGAGCGCAAAGUCUACUUUGUUGAUGACAUUGCCGGCAUUGAAUCCUCUGCUCUUGCCCAGGCCUACGCUCGUGCUCGUGGAGCUGACCGCAUGUCCAGCUUUGGAGACAUCAUCGCCCUCAGCGAUAAGGUCGAUGUCCCAACCGCAAAGAUCAUUUCUCGCGAAGUCUCCGACGGUGUCAUUGCCCCCGACUACGAGCCCGAGGCACUCGAGAUUUUGAAAAAGAAGAAGGGCGGAAAGUACCUCGUCCUCCAGAUCGACGAGACCUACACCCCUCCCUCCACCGAGACCCGUACCUUGUACGGCGUCCAGCUCGAGCAAGGCCGCAAUGACUUCACCGUCACCCCCAAGACAUUCAGCAGUAUCAUCACACCCAAAGACACCAAGAGUUUGCCCGAGUCUGCGCUCCGUGACUUGACCGUCGCCACCAUCGCACUCAAAUACACACAGUCCAACUCUGUCUGCUACGCUCUUAAUGGACAGGUCAUCGGUCUCGGCGCCGGUCAGCAGAGCCGUAUUCACUGCACCCGUCUCGCCGGCGACAAGGCCGAUAACUGGUGGAUGCGCUUCCACGAGCGCACCCUUAACAUCAAAUGGAAAGCAGGCGUCAAGCGCGCCGACAAAAGCAAUGCCAUCGACAUGCUCACUUCAGGCCAGGUUCCCCCUCGCAAUGAAGUCGAAAAGGCCGAAUACGAGCGCGUCUUUGAGGAAGUGCCCGCUCCUUUCACUGCCGAGGAGAGAGAAGCUUGGCUGCAGCAGUUGACCAACGUCGCUGUUUCGUCGGAUGCGUUCUUCCCAUUCAUUGAUAAUGUGUUCCGUGCUGCUCGCUCGGGUGCCAAGUAUAUUGCUGCUCCUAGCGGAAGUCAGAAUGAUGGACCUGUGUUUGACACGGCAGAGAAGUUGGGAAUUACUUUUGUUGAGCAGAGUACUCGUUUAUUCCAUCAUUAG